AUGGUGCAAGCCGCUGCAGCCGGUCUGGCAGCUUCACCCUUUGGAUUCUCGUCUGCAGCUAUUGAGCUCGGAGCACCUGGACCCUAUGGUGUGUCACCUGCAGCCAUUGAAGUUGCAAGAGCAUAUGGAGGCGCUGGUAUCGGAGAUGUUGUUGUCGUGGAUGAGAUGCCGGUCGCUGGCACUACGCUUGUUGCUGGACAAGUGCCGAUCCUCGGAGCUGUGCGUUUCGCAUUAGACCUACCAGCCGCUGGUACUGUUUGCAUUUCCGGCAGCUGCGGAUGUGGAUGCGGCAACGCUGCUUAUAUUUAU